AAGAAGCUCUCGAUUGGACAUUCGCUAUUCUGGCGACAGAGGACUCAGCCAAUCAUAAUGUGUAUAUGCGCCCAGCGUCUCCGCCUCUUCCUCCUGGUAACCUUUGGUGGCGGGAAAAGUUCGGAAGUUUCUGCGCCGGGGCGGAGUCAUCCUGGGCCCCUUCACGCUACUUUGGUACGGGCAGUUCCAAGGCAGCGGGCAUGGCGGGGACUGUGGUGCUGGAUGAUGUGGAGCUGCGGGAGGCUCAGAGAGAUUACUUGGAUUUCUUGGAUGACGAGGAAGACCAGGGAAUUUAUCAGAGCAAAGUUCGGGAGCUGAUCAGUGACAACCAAUACCGGCUGAUUGUCAAUGUGAAUGACCUGCGCAGGAAAAAUGAGAAGAGGGCUAACCGCCUCCUGAGCAAUGCUUUUGAGGAACUGGUUGCCUUCCAGCGGGCUUUAAAGGAUUUUGUGGCCUCCAUUGAUGCUACCUAUGCCAAGCAGUAUGAGGAGUUCUACAUAGGACUGGAGGGCAGUUUUGGUUCCAAGCACGUCUCUCCCCGGACUCUGACCUCCUGCUUCCUUAGCUGUGUGGUCUGUGUGGAGGGCAUUGUCACUAAAUGCUCUCUAGUUCGUCCCAAAGUCGUCCGCAGUGUCCACUACUGUCCUGCUACCAAGAAGACCAUAGAGCGACGUUAUUCUGAUCUCACCACCUUGGUGGCCUUUCCAUCCAGCUCUGUCUAUCCCACCAAGGAUGAGGAGAACAAUCCCCUUGAGACAGAAUAUGGCCUCUCUGUCUAUAAGGAUCACCAGACUGUCACCAUCCAGGAGAUGCCGGAGAAGGCCCCAGCCGGCCAGCUUCCCCGCUCUGUGGACGUCAUUCUGGAUGAUGACUUGGUAGAUAAAGCAAAGCCUGGUGACCGAGUCCAGGUGGUGGGAACCUACCGUUGUCUUCCUGGAAAAAAGGGAGGCUAUACCUCAGGGACCUUCAGGACUGUCCUGAUCGCCUGCAAUGUGAAGCAAAUGAGCAAGGAUGUGCAGCCUUCGUUCUCUGCUGAAGAUAUAGCCAAGAUCAAGAAGUUUAGUAAAACCCGUUCCAAGGAUAUCUUUGACCAGCUGGCCAGGUCAUUGGCCCCUAGUAUCCAUGGACACGACUAUGUCAAGAAGGCAAUCCUCUGCUUGCUCUUGGGAGGGGUGGAACGAGACCUAGAAAAUGGCAGUCACAUUCGUGGGGACAUCAAUAUUCUUCUAAUAGGAGACCCAUCAGUUGCCAAGUCUCAGCUUCUGCGGUACGUGCUUUGCACUGCACCCCGCGCUAUCCCCACCACUGGCCGGGGCUCCUCUGGAGUGGGUCUGACGGCCGCUGUCACCACAGACCAGGAAACAGGGGAGCGCCGUCUGGAAGCUGGGGCCAUGGUCCUGGCUGACCGAGGUGUGGUUUGCAUUGAUGAGUUUGACAAGAUGUCUGACAUGGAUCGCACAGCCAUCCAUGAAGUGAUGGAGCAGGGUCGAGUGACCAUUGCCAAGGCUGGCAUCCACGCUCGGCUGAAUGCCCGCUGCAGUGUUUUGGCAGCUGCCAACCCCGUCUACGGCAGGUAUGAUCAGUACAAGACCCCAAUGGAGAACAUUGGGCUGCAGGACUCGCUGUUGUCCCGAUUCGACUUGCUUUUCAUCAUGCUGGAUCAGAUGGAUCCUGAGCAGGAUCGGGAGAUCUCGGACCAUGUCCUUAGGAUGCACCGUUACAGAGCUCCCGGGGAGCAGGAUGGCGACGCUAUGCCCUUGGGUACUGUUGUGGAUAUCCUGGCCACAGAUGAUCCCAACUUUGACCAGGAGGAACAGCAAGACACCCAGAUUUAUGAGAAACAUGACAACCUUCUGCACGGGACCAAGAAGAAAAAGGAGAAGAUGGUGAGCGCAGUGUUCAUGAAGAAGUACAUCCACGUGGCCAAAAUUAUCAAGCCUGUCCUGACACAGGAAUCGGCUGCCUACAUUGCAGAAGAGUACUCACGCCUGCGCAGCCAGGAUAGCAUGAGCUCGGACACCGCCAGGACAUCGCCAGUUACAGCCCGAACUCUGGAAACCCUCAUUCGAUUGGCCACGGCCCACGCGAAGGCCCGCAUGAGCAAGACUGUGGACCUGCAGGACGCAGAGGAAGCCGUGGAAUUGGUCCAAUACGCUUACUUCAAGAAGGUUCUGGAGAAGGAGAAGAAACGUAAGAAGAGAAGUGAGGAUGAAUCAGAGACAGAGGAUGAAAAGGAGAAAAGCCAGGAGGAGCCUGAGCAGAAGGGGAAGAGGAGGAAGACGCGCCAGUUGGAUGCCAAAGAUGGGGAUUCAUAUGACCCCUAUGACUUCAGUGACACAGAGGAGGAAAUGCCUCAAGUGUAUACUCCAAAGACAGCAGACUCGCAGGAGACCAAGGAGUCCCCGAAGGUGGAGUUGAGUGAAUCCAGAUUGAAGGCAUUCAAGGUGGCCCUCCUGGAUGUGUUCCGGGAAGCUCACGCACAGUCCGUGGGCAUGAAUCGCCUCACAGAAUCCAUCAACCGGGACAAAGAAGAGCCCUUUUCUUCAGUGGAGAUCCAGGCUGCUCUGAUCAAGAUGCAGGAUGACAACCAGGUCAUGGUGUCUGAGGGCAUCAUCUUCCUCAUCUGAGGAGGCCUCCCGUCCGAACUUGGAGUCGUGCUCUGAGACUUUCUCGCCGUAUUUCCCAUUCUCCUCCCCCACCCUACUCUUUGCCUUCGUCCCCGGAGAACAGUGUUAAUUGAACUGAAGUUGAGGGACCGUGGUGAGGAAGCUGAAUCAGCACUCUGGAAGCUCUGGGAACGGGAGGUGGAAGUGGGGUAAGGAGAGAAGAAAGUGGGGAAGGACGGGACUAUUGCAUCUUGAUCGCAGCAGCACUGGAUACGCUCCCCCUUCCUACCCCCAGCAACCCAAUUGUCACUGUCUGUAAAUGUGACUUCAGAGUACUUUCUGUGGUACAGCUGAUUUCUGUUCAUCUUUUCUGUUUGUUGGCUGUUCUCCAGAGCACUUUGGUCUAGACCACGCUUUGGGGUGUUCUAACGUGCUGGGGAGAGAAGCUGAGGCCAGUCAUGUCAGUCAGGAAAGCUUUCUUUGCAGUUGAGACUGUAUGUCAUAUGUAUGGUUGAGCAUAUGACUGUAUGUCAUAUGUAUGGACAUCCAGGACAUCGAAUAAACUUAACCAUUUUGUACACAUGG